UCUCAGUCAACCUCUGUGCGCUCCCGCGGCCGGACACCGUCUGUCUGGCAUCCCGCGCACCGUCAUUGCCCGGCCCGCCCGCCAGUCAGAAACAAACACACGGCACGGCCCGGCCUAGUCCGCGCACCGCGGGCGCUCAGGAUGGCGGCCGCCGAGCAGAACGGCAUCGACAUCCUCUGUGAUGCCGCCGGCUCGGACAUGCUGCUUUCAUCAUUAUUCGCCCUAGCAGCUCCGGGACAAGAUCAGCAGCGAGCCCAACCGCAGGAUCAGCACGAAUUGCAGCACCCGCUGCCGACAGCAUCACCUUCGAAGCAACCCCACCAGCAGCAGGUCUAUCACCAACAGCUAGACCCUGCGCUGCAGCCGUCGCAGCAAGAAACUCCACGGAAGAGCACAUCGUCUCUGCCAGCGAAGCGCAAGCUGUCCGACGCGUCCGCCUCGUCGCCGUCCCACGUCUGCCACAUCUGCCGACGCGUCUACGAGCGAGCCGACCACUUGACGAGGCACCUGAGGUCGCACGAGAACGCCCGACCGUACCAAUGCUCCCGCUGCCCUAAACGCUUCAACCGCGCAGACCUCCUGACGCGACACGAGACCACGCACGACCGAGAUGGCGCCGCAAAAGACCGCCCCUUCAUCCGAAGAAACGAUCGCGCCGCCGAAGCUUGUCUGAACUGCGCCGCCUCCAAGGCCAAGUGCGAGGACCAAAAGCCGUGUAGUCGCUGUCGCAACAAGAGCCUAACAUGCCAAAUGCCGGCGAGGCGUGGGAAUCAAUACAGAACAUCAGAGUCACAAGCAGGAGUUUCCCCUUCUGAUAGCUCAAUGGUGGCCUCAGCCACAGGCAAUGACAACCAGGUUUUCACGGCAGGCGAUGCCGCCUAUGCGCUGUCGCAAUCAGCUGUCGCACACCAAGUCCAAUCGAUCGAUAAUACUGCUGGAUAUGCUAGUUCAUCCUUCCUCGGUGUGCCAAGCGUGGAAGCUACGCCUGAUGAGACCCUGUACUUUGCAGCGCCGCGGAAACUGCUCCCUGAUAUCGAACUCUCCUGGGACACGGACUUUGGCGUCUUCACUGUUCCAACAUCAGAUGUGAAUGGACCAAGCCCUCGGCUGGGAAAUGGGACAAAGCGUUCAUCUCGUCAACCUCGAAGAGACAUGGCUCAGGAAGACGCAGCUCCCCAACGUUCAGCUUGGGUGGCUGAUCCAGACACCAAUGGCCAAGUAGACGCCUCGGCCUUUCCUUCGAGAAAGGUAUCAUCCAUUAUACGCGACGGCCUCUUCGCUAUGGUUCUCGCCGAUAGCUCGAACUCGCGGCAGAUUCCAACAUUUCCUUCGGCCGAAACCUUGAGCUAUCUGCUUGAGACAUUCUUUACCCAGCAAGACCAGAAACGGGAUGCCUUCAUUCACCCGGCUUCUUUUGAUACCUCCGCGGCUACCUUGGAGCUCGUCUCUGCUAUCGUCUCGAGUGGAGCUACAUCUGCGCCAACAACCUGGCAAUUCGGACUUGCUCUUAACGAGGUCUUGAGAACUGUUCUCAACAGUCGUCUGGAAUCUUUUGGUUCGACAGCGAAGCCCCUGAUGCUGCUCCAAGCCUCUAUGCUCCAUCUUGACAUUGGACAGUGGUGUGGCUUUAAUCGUCAAAUGGAAAUGGCACAGACUUUUGCCCAGCAAGUGUUGACACUGGUUCGAGAAACUGGGAGGAUUUCCUUUUCGUCAGACUCGGCCCUCUAUAUCCCGAGUGUAGGAGACUCUCCUGGGGACUUGGAGUUGAAAUGGCAGCAAUUUGCUACGAUAGAAUCCUACAAAAGGUUGAUGAUGCGCCUGUUCAUUCACGAUGUGCAAUCCUCAAUCGUUUCAUGGAGGAGCUCAAACAUGGCAUAUAACGAACUCGACUUUACCCUACCGGCGGCGCCUGAUCUUUGGAGGGCCCCAAGUUCACAACAGUGGCGGGAGCUGCACUCGGUAAAGAGGUCCACAACUGCAGGCAUUCCGCGACUCUUGGAUGUGAGAGACUGUAUGUCAUUCAUCACCGAGCCCAACGACUAUGUCGAUAUUGAACUCUGUUGCAUGGCCGCUCUGUCGGGAUUGUGGGGGCAGAUUUGGAUCUAUCGUGAUGCUGUCACGUACCACAGCAACCCGGAUCGACGCAGCACCGGCUCCCCAGCUUGGACCAAGGCUUUGUACCAAGAUCUGUAUAGCAGACUGGUAAGCUUCUCUAACCAAGCUCAGGGGAUGCAGACGUUUAGCCCGGAGCUCUUGCUGUUUUGUGAGCUCUUGAUGAUGACACUUCAUGUCUCGUUUGACGAACUGCACCGACUCGCUGGCUACAACGGCGAGGGAGGGUCCCGGAGAGCGGCGCAAAUACUGGAGGCUACCUGGUUUUCAGGACCAGAAUCUCGUCACGCCGUCUGGCACGCUGGGCAGGUGCUCCGCUAUGCGCAGAAUUGUAAGGCAACAAGUCUGCAGGGGUUCAACUCAAUGGCUGUCUACUUUGCUGGCCUUACCUUGUGGGCGUACGGCAUCGUGUCGGUUCCGGGCUCAACAAACGGCCAAGGGAUUGCGGACGACCAUGUGCUGCUCAAUGGACAAGAGACGAGGGAGUCGAGGGCGUUUCUUGAACUUGGACAGGGCACACCGGCCUUGACGUUUCCAGCAGGCCUACGUCUCCAGAUAGAGCCAUUAUCGAACCGCGAUGUGGCCCUGUCACGUGCUCGAAGUAUCUUGCGACAAAACUUCCCUGUACUCAGCGAGCCGCUGCCCCAGCUGGUUGAGAACCUGUGGCGCCGACUUGCAGAGCUUCAGUCGGGCCAGAACGGCCAGGCCAUGGCCAACACGGAUGGAACCGUGGCAGGAAACGGUCCUCUGCACGAUGAACUCAUCUUUGAACGCCUCGAUGAUGCACGCCUCUUGCGGCACUACGAGAACAAUGCUAUGGCCUGGGCUGGGCCGCUCUCAACAACAGACUUCCUGGACGUUCAUUUCAGACUGAGCACUAUUCCAGGAGAAGCUCGCGCCUUUGAGAUCUGGGCACUCCGCAAACCCGACGAUCCUUUGGGUAUCAUCUCGAGCUGCGCAACACAUCUCCGCGACGCAAUCGCGAGCCGCGGCAAGGGCGUGAGGAUGACUGGCGCCGUCGUCAUUUCCGAAAUCUUUACCGAUCCCGAGUACCGCACCCACGGCUUCGCCAAGCUGCUUCUCAAGAGAGUACAAGACCACUUUGACAAGCGGGACGACUUGGCUAUUGACUUCACCGUCAUCUACGGCAAUGGCUCCUUGAACUGGUACCGAGAGCUGGGGUGGAAGCCUGUCACAGCGACCCAGCUGACUAUCAAUGUCGAGCGUUUCCAGACCUGUGCUGAAUGCGAGAAUGAAUUGGAAUUUCUCACACUCCAGGAAGUCUGCAACAUUGCCGAUUGCGACGUCAACGUCAGCAAGCUGCGUCUCUCAAAGGCCCAAGGCCCCAAAACCCACGUCCAACUUCUACCCAGCGCAUUUUUGGCCCGACGGCACCUAUACCGCUCCGCCUUACUCGCCUACAAACUGCGCCAGGGUCACACGUACAACAGGCAUCAUGGGGUUUCGAUUCUUGAGGACGAGGCAACAGAGGUAUCAGCAUGGUGGGUCCACGACUUCCAGAACAGCCGGCUCAUGAUAGGACGUCUGUUUCUGACGCGCCUGAACAAUGUGGAUGAACUGGUAGUUGAAGUAUUGGAGGCAGCAAUGGAGGAGGCAGCCCGGCGUGGGCUGCGGGAGGUGGUGCUUUGGGAUCCGAGCCCUCAGGUAGUGGUGGCUGCCAUGACAAUAUGGGAUAAAUAUGAUGCGGACGUGCAAGUCAUGACUGGGGAGAGAAAGGAGAUGGUACCAUGCGUGAGAUGGAAGGGCGGCGAGGAGCGGGAUGUUGUGUUGGAGGAAGGGCAGUUUGUGUCGUGGAGUUGA